UUCGGCGAACAUAUAGGUUAGAUAACAACUAAUUGGAAUUGCUCUGUUGCGUCAACAGGGCAGUAUAGCCACAAUGUCCACAAAAUCUAGAGAACCGCUGGAGGAUGAUGGCGUUAUAGAGGAUAAUUCCGAGGAAUUUGAGGACGAGGAGGUUGACGAGGGCGAGUAUGACGAGGAAGAUGAGGGCGAGCAGGACGAGGAGGAAGAGCAGGCUUCGACCAGCGCGCAAAGGCCAGCCCCAGCCAUGGCUGCUCCAUCUGCACCAAAGGCCAUGCCUUCCCUUCCCGAGCGCCCCAAGGGCGGCCUGCCCGCGCUGCCUCCCCGAGCUAAGCCCAGCACCCCGGCUGCAGCCGCCGCCCCAGCAGCCCCUGCCGCCCCCCAGCCGCAGCCGCAGCCCCCAGCUGCCACGCCCGCAGCCGCAGGCGCCAUGCCCAAACUCCCCCCACGGCCCGGCAUGGGGGCUGGCCCCUCGGGACUAGGCGGCGCUGGACUGCUGCCCCCCAAGCCCGCAGCAGCAGCACCCCCAGCAGCAGCAGCUGCUGCGCCCAAGCCCGCUGCUGCCGCGCCGCCCGCACCACCGCCCUCGGUGACCGCAGCGGCGGCAGCACCACCGCCGGCGCCCCAGGCCCCGGCACCUGCAGCCUCCGUGCCCGCUGGUUUGGGUCUUGGUCUUCGUGGCGGACUGGGAGGGGCCGCAAAGCCCACUCUGCCGCCUCGGCCUGCUGCUGCUGCUGCUGCAGCUGGGGGCUCGGGAGCCUCCGCUGCUGCCCCAGCUGCUGCCGCCACACGUCCCGCCGCAACAGCCCCCGCCCCGACUCCUGCUGCUGCCCCUGCGGCUGCCGCAGCCCCUGUUGCUGCCCCUGCCCCUGCCCCUGCCAGCAAGGCCCCAGCUGCUGCUCCGGCCGCUGCUGCUGCUGCGGCUCCAGGCGCACGGCCGGGCGGCUUGGCUGGUGGCUUGCCUCCCCGACCUGCGGGUCUGGGCCCCGCUGCCCCCGCUCCUCCAGCCCCCAUCCCGGCAGCGGCUGCAAGGCCCACACCGGCUGCCGUACAGCCCCCCGCCCCUGCCGCCGCCGUACAACCUGUUGUCGUACAGGCUCCCCCUCCCGCUGCGGUCAAUGAGGUGGUUGACCCGACUGAGGAGCGCCGGGUUCAAAAGGUGCAGCGUACGGCACACGAGAUCCGCGUACGGCUGAUCCGGGCUGCGGCUCGGUUGGGCCUUACGGCGCGGUCGGAUCAGGUUGCCCAGUUCCUGCAGGCCAUCGAGCGCUCCGAGCGCAUGCUGGGCGCGCAGCACUACAAGGGCAGUCGGCGGGUGGAUCUGAUUGCGGCGGCGGAGCGGGACGCGCGGGCGGCGGAUGCGCGGGAGGCGCCGGGGGGCGCCAUUGGGGGGCUGCGGGUGAAGAUCAUGGUGGUCGGCAUGACGGGCACCGGCAAGUCCGAGCUCAUCAACAGCCUGCUGGACCGCCCCUCCGCCGCCCGCACCAACCCCUUCCGCGAGGCCACCCGCCGCGUGCGGGUGCACCGGGGCACGCACAACGGCAUCCCGCUCACCCUCAUUGACACGCCCGGGCUGCAUGCGGCGGCAUCGCGUACGGCGGACAACAAGGCGCUGCUGCGGGGCAUUCGGGCGGCGUAUAAGUGGCACAAACCCGACUAUGUGUUUUACGUGGACCGCCUGGACGUCACCCGCCCUGGUUUCGGGGAGCUGGGUCUGCUGGGCCUCAUCACGGAGGCGCUGGGACCCGCCGUGUGGCGAAACACAAUGGCCAUCCUGACCCACGCGCACGCGGCUCGGGCGGCCUUUGGCGCGCAGUACGACAUCAACAGCCGACAGCGGCGCAACAUCCUGUCGCAGCUGCUGCGGCAGGCUGCCGGCGACCAGCAGACGCGCAACCCCAUGUUCCUCGCCGACUGCCACCCCGCCUGCCCCACCAACCCGCUGGGGCAGCCCGUCAUCAUGGACGGACCCACUGCGGUGCCCUGGAAGCAGCAGCUGCUGGUGCAGCUGGUGGGCUACAAGUCGUACAACAUGGCCACCGCCGCCUUCAAGGACCUCGCUCGGGCCAAGGCGGGCAAGGGCGGCCCGGGUGCUGGUGCUGCGGGCGCGGGUCCGGGCGGCAAGGGCGGGCAGCAGGACCUGUUCCGUCAGCUGAUGCGCAGCCGCCUGCCGCCGCUGACCUUCUUCAUCGAGCAGCUGACGGAGGGGGUGCUGAAGCCGGAGGGCUUGGCCACCAUGGAGUCGGUUGCAGGGCUGGGAGAGGAGGUGACGGAGGACGAGGAGGCGGAGAGCUUCCACCACGCCUACUACUCCCACAUGUACGACCUGGCGCUGUCGGGCGACCCGUGGGCCCAGCGCGAGUACGCCGCCAUGCUGCGGGCGUACGAUAAGUCCCGGAAGACAUUCCACGAGUCGUACGAAGAUGCGGAUCUGGAUCAGAUGGUGGAGUACGGAUUGGAGUCCUACGUGGUGGACCCUAUCGACUUCGGCCCCACCUUCGACCCGGAGGACCUGUACAGCCACCGCCACGCGUAUGCGGAGGCGGGCGACUCGGGCGUGCACGUCAUCCCGUCGCAGGACUACUACGGCCCCGAGCACGACGACCCGCUGAACGGCAUCGUGCUGCAGUACGAGGCGCAGCCCUUUGCGCGCGCCGGCUGGGGCGGUAUCCCCUUCGACCUCACCCUGUGCGUGGAGAAGGACAAGACCAGCGCCUGCCUGCAGGGGGAGAGCCAUGUGGCGCUGUUCCACUCGGUGCCGCCGUUCGGGCCGCGACAUGUGACGCAGCUGACGGGCAGCUGGGAGAUGAUUCGACCCAACAUCAAGGACGUCAUGUACCAGCUGGAGGUUGACACGUUCAAGGAUGGGCUGUUCGGUCGCACCGACCAUGCGGGUUGUGGCCUCAUGGUUGCGAGGCUGGGCGAGGGCGGCGACCCCCGCAAGGGCCCCAUGGCGGUGGGGGUGCGGCUGCAGGACACGGUGCGGCUGGGCGCCUUCAAGGUGGAGGCGUGCGCCAGCAAGGUGGCGGUGCAGGGCCCCACGGGCGGCAAGGACGAGGGCUGGGGCGCCCGCGCAUUCGUGCACUACGACUGGCUGCCGGGUGUUGGCAUGGCGUUCGACUUCAUCCAGCAGCGCACACCCGAGGAGGGCGGCAAGCGGCUGCGCGGCUACGGAGCCAACUUCACGUACGACUGGGAGAUGCUGGGGGCGGCGUUCGGGGCGGAGGUUGACUACGUGUCCGCCUCCGACUCGCUGUUUCUGUCGGUCAACGCCUUCAGCGGCAACGACUACCGCCUGGCCUGGCUGCUGCUCAUCCCGGCGGUCAACUACGCAAAGGAGACGGUGGCUGGGUGGUGGGCCCGGCUGCGGGGGGUUGCGGGCGGGGAGGGCGAGGAGGGCGAGGGCGAGGAGGGCGGCGAGGAGGCGGAGGAGGAGGAGGGGGACGAGGAGGCGGAGAUGAUGAUGGCAGCGGAGGCGGACAUGUAGGACACCGGCGGCGCUUGCCUGGGACGGGGCGCGGAGCGGAAUAAAAGGCUGUUAAGCUAUGGGGUUAAGGCACGGGAGGGGAGGCACAGCUGAGAGGGAAGCUAAGGGGGGGGGGCUGUUGUAAGGGAGAGGGGGUAAGGGAUCCGUAAUGCUGGCUACGGGAGUAGGGCCCUUGUGGUUUCUGUGUAGUAGCGAUAGGGACGAAGCGGAGACGGGUGGGUAAGAGAAGGAAAGGAGAGGAGGGGUGGGAGAGCGGGGGAGAUCCCGCUGAGGAGGCUGCAUGCUGUUGCCUUGUCCUUUUGGAUUUCGUCUGCCUGCGCUUUGUCGUGGUGGUGGUUUGUUGCUGUAUGGAAGAGGCUGAGAUGCCGAACACCAUGCGGACGUCCGGGGUUGUCGCGGACCGCUUUACACGGGGCUGUUGUUGGUGGACUUGUUUUGGAACAGCGGGUUGUCUAACUAGUGUGGCCGGUGUGUGUUUGGGGUUUGCGCGUGCUAGCUAGCAUGUGCCUAUCUGUGAUCCCCUUAUUACCUAGCGUGUAUGAGUUAGGGUUAGUUGGGCCGUGUGUGUGGGGGGGGGGAGAAGAUGGGUUUCAGGGGUUGGGUUUUGUGUAACUGUUCGAAGGUGUGGGGUCCCCGUGUGAUUUGAGCAGCUUUAGGAGGUUGGUUGCUUAGCCGGCCAUCUCACGAAGAGAUCAUUGCCGUCUUGUCCUGUUGCAAGGGCACCAGCACACGUGACGGGCAUACGCGUUUUGUGUUGUGUUUAAGAAAGGUCGUGCGGCAUCGCACCACCUUUGUAUGCGAGGACACAUGGGUCGGUGCUUUGCUUGAAUCCGACCAGGUCCUGACACGUGCGCCGCUGCCGUGGGUUGCCGUACUUUGUUGGUGGUUGCGUUGACUAGGGAGGGAGCGGGAAUGACUGGGGCUGUGGAUGCUCAAUUUUGAGACCCUGUGAGCGUUCGGGCCCGACAUCCGUUUGUGCCCAUUCUGGAGAAACCCGUCCACGGUCCAUGUAAGCAACCCACAAGGGUUCGACGAG